UAAAAGAAAAUAAGAAACUUAAACAAGAGAAUUGUUUAACCCAGUAAGCAUCCAGACAGACACUGCCUGCCUGCCAUUCACAGCGAAACGUUGCAAGCGUGCACUCAACAAAUAUGUUUACGUGGUUACCUUUAUUUUGAUGACAACACAGCAGAUUGGUGCUGGCAAAGACGGUUUUGGUUCGGUUUCUGGCUGCCUGAAAGAAUGAAUUGAGCGAAAGCCAUUCAGCGAUCCACCCACCCGCACCGCUUCACGACAGCCCCGUCUCGCCGGCAACUGUGCAAACAAGACGACCAGCCAGCCAGCCGAACCAGGAAGCGUCUGCGUUGCGGAGUUAUUCGCGAAUCAAAAGGCUGCCGCUGCCGCAAGCCGAUAGAGAUUCAUUCGGGCCCGGCCAGAAUCGGAGUCAGAACCAGCGGCGUUACGCGGGCGACGCGACAGCUAACCCCCGAUAAUACCACAGCCGCCAAGAUGAUACCGCUGUCGCACAAGGACCGAAGCAGCUUCGGCUACCGGGUGCGGGAGAAGCUCAACAGUUGGAAGCGGCUUAUCUUCUCAGACCGUAACUCGCGAAACCUGUUCCUGUUCCUGCUGCUCAACCUGAGCUUCGCCUUUGUGGAGCUUUUCUAUGGCAUCUGGACGAACAGCCUGGGUCUGAUCUCCGACUCAUUCCACAUGUUCUUCGACUGCACUGGCCUCUUGGCGGGUCUGGCCGCCUCGGUAAUCACAAAGUGGAAGGCCAACGACAAGUUCUCGUAUGGCUAUGUGCGCGCCGAGGUGCUAGCAGGCUUUGUUAACAGUCUGUUCCUGCUAUUCAUUGCCUUCUUCAUCUUGUCGGAGGGCGUUGAGCGGCUAAUUGAGCCGCCAGAGGUGAAGCACGAGCGUCUGUUUGUCGUCUCCGUCCUGGGCCUGCUGGUCAACUUGGUUGGCAUCUAUGCGUUCAAUCACGGCGGCCACGGGCACUCGCACGGAGGCGGUGGACACGGACACGGUCACUCUCAUGGCGGUGGCGCCGCUGGCCAUGGGCACUCGCACAGCCAUAACGAAGUCAGCAACCACAAUCACCAGGCCAUCACCUUGGAUAAUGGUCACGGUCAUUCCCACGAUCACGAUAGUCAUGGCCACUCGCAUGGGGAUAUUUCAGGCAGCAACUCACAGAUCAUGAGAGGCGUCUUUCUGCACAUCCUGGCUGAUACGUUAGGAUCUGUGGGUGUAAUCAUCUCGGCGGUGCUGAUGCAGAUGUUUGGCUGGAUGAUUGCGGACCCCAUCUGUUCAAUUUUCAUCGCCCUGCUGAUUGCACUCAGUGUGCUGGGACUGAUCAAGGAGUCCAUACUUAUAUUGAUGCAGCGCCAACCUUCGGCUCUGGAUCGAUCCCUGCCGCAGUGCUACCAAAAGGUGACAGGGCUAGCCGGAGUAUACGCGGUGCAAGAGCCUCACUUCUGGACCCUUUGCUCUGACGUCUUCGUGGGAGCCAUUAAGUUGGAGGUGUCGAAGAACGUAGAUCCCAAGUAUGUGGUCACGCACACGCGGAUGAUCUUUGAGGCGGUGGGCGUCAAGCAAAUCUACAUCCAGCUGGAUUAUGUGUGAUGCAGACGAGACUGGCCCACAAUGGCGUCCCUGUAAAAUUAAUGAUGUGUAUAUUCAAAAGCGUGUGUAGUGCGGAAAAUCGUAGAUGUUAUCAACAUUAUUGGAAAAUUGCAGUUCUAAAGGGCGCCACACCACUUAAUCACUUCCAAAAAAUCCCCCAGGAGCUACGCAAAACAAAAAGUGUAAUCUUCAGUUGUACUAGUAAUUUUGCGAAUUUUGUUAA